AUGUCGGACGCAAGUUCAGUGGUAUCGUCGUCCUCGACUCUAAUAGGAGAUGUAGCGACCAUGGCUGCCAAAAAUGGGCGAAAUGUGCAGCCGCACCGAAGAGCAGUGUCUGCGUUAGGUUUUGGAGCAUCUAGUGGGAGAGGUGACUGCACAGCUAGCGAUAAUCCAUUCAUGUCGCCUUCAAGCCCCGCGAGCUCGACCAAAUCACCCGGUUUGGGAGCGUUACCGUCGCCCAGCGCGUUUCUGAUGCGCUCGAACAGUAUACCGGCAAUUCCGUCGUUCAAAGCAAAAGAGGUGCGGCUUCCGCGACCAGAUGGAUGCCGUGUCGUUAGUGCGCUCGAGCUGCAGCGCGAUCUGGAGGGCGACGACGCAAAUGCUCAAUCAGACAAUUGCCCAGCAGUCCAGGACACUGGAGAUGUGGUGGUGCUGGACGUACGGCCUUUCGUGGACUAUUCACGUGCGUCCGUGCGCAACGCAGUUCAUGUGUGUCUUCCGUCAACGCUGCUGCGACGCAAGACUUUCACACUAGACCGGCUGGUUGAAAACCUGCCGGAGCCCGACCGCGCACUGGUGCGUGCCAAGGUGUUGGAAUGUGCGGACCCUUCCAAGGUCAAGGUGAUAAUUUUCGACAACAACCCACAGGCCUCGGAUGAAACCAUCAGCAUCGGGUGCCACGGCAUGGUCUGCAAGUUCCUUCAUUACGAAGGAUGGGCCAACGAUGCGCGUCCGCAAGUGGGUAUCCUGGAAUGCGGUUUCAUGCGUUUCAAGGAAAUUGUACCUGAACUCAUAGUAGAGCCUUGUACAAUGGCUGCAGCUACUACCAAUGCGGCAAAACCGCCACCGUUGAACUACUCAAGGUCCACAUCCUACAUCAGCACGUCGCCGCAAUCGUUUCCAGAUUCGCCGCUCUCAUCCAGCUCUCCGGUAGCAAAGCUUUUCAAGUUCCAGCUCCCCACGAGAGCAGGCUGUCCGCCACCUUUCAAAAUGCCUCAACAUGAGGAAAUCUCUAAUUUAGAAAGCUACCUCAGUGCUGUGAACAUAGGCGAAAAACAGUUCUCCGCAGAGGCAACGCAUAUAUGCACCCCAGGAGAGCUAAAAUCUGCAUUCCCCACUCCAACCGAGUUCAAGUUCCCUCCUGUAAAGAGUAGUCCAACUAGCGUCGAUCUCUCAUCGCCUUGCCGUACUUCUCUGAGCAGGGGAGACAAUAAGUUGAAUUUUCAAAAACGCUGCUACAUGUUGGCAGACGUGUAUGGCAACUCUCGUUUCAAUUUCGUCGUACCUCAGUGGUUUCAAGAUCUAGUCGGCAUUUCGAAGCUAGAUAUAGUUUCACAAUUCCAAAAAGUAGAUUUACUGGAGAAGAAACGGUUGAGUUUCUGUGUGAGUAAUACCAGUAAUGGAGAAAAACGCUCGGACUCUAGCGAAAAGAAUCACUCCCGUGAUUUGCAUGAAGAAACAUCUACUCCAGAGAAGCCAUGUUGCAUUUCUCAAUGGCUCGAUUCGUACGACCCUACCGAGGACGAUCAAAGUAUCAGAAUUUCAUCGGGUGUCGAGCUCGGCGUGAAAAACAGAUACAAGGACAUUUUCCCCUAUGAGCACACUAGAGUCGUUUUGAAAAAAUCAUCUAAACCCCACGAUAUAAAUUCAUUGGGUGACGUUUGGGACACGUACAUCAAUGCAAACUACUUAGUGAAUCCAUUCACAAAAAUUGUUGUCCCCCAGAGCGAAAAGUGCGUCAAUGUGCGUUAUAUUGCAACGCAAGCUCCCUUGCCGUCGACAAUUAGCGAUUUUUACACUUGCAUCUUGAACAAUAAUGUUCCAAUAAUCCUGACACUGACAGACGAAUACGAGAACGGUGUGGAGAAAUGCCAUAAGUUUUGGGCGGAGGGGACAUAUGAAGGAAUAACUGUUAAGCUGCUUGAAGAGUAUACCAUGCCGAUUUUUGACAAAAGUGUUGCAUUAGAUGGAGAAAUUGUCAUUAGGCGGAUACAGCUAACUCAUGGCAAUCAUCAACAUUUCGAAACUUUGCAGCUGCAAAUAAAAAACUGGCCAGAUCUUGGGGUUUUAGUGAGACCAUGCGAGGUUCUUGAAAUUAUUUGUUUGAAGAAUUUAAUCUUGGAACAGUUAUACGAGAAGAAGGUUUUUGUUAAUGAUUACAUCCCCAACAUUAUUGUGCACUGCUCGGCAGGAUGUGGACGCACGGGAACUCUCUGCACCAUUGAUUCCAUUUUAGCCAAUUUACCGAAGUUUGAUUCUAUACGUCAUGAAUGGGUAGAAAGGCAGACUUGUAGGGCGGGAAAUUCCGAGCAUGAAGCUCUCAGCACAAAAGUUUUCGACCCAGUGAUCAUCACCAUCAAUAACUUUAGAAAGCAGCGUAUUUCAAUGGUUCAAAAUGUUAAUCAAUAUCUCUUCAUAUAUGAAUGUUUGCUUUCGUAUUUUGCGUUGAAAUUGAACGAUGAUGAUCCUUCGGGAAUUGACAGCUGGCAUGCAUUGGAAGAGAAAGGCGGACAACUGGACAUUUUAAAGCAUUUCAUCGACACAAAAAUCGAUGAGAAAUCAUGA